AUGAUCUGUUCCCUUGUGCCGCUAGUCUUGGUGGUUCCGUUAUGUAAAUUAGAUCUAACGCUUUCUUUUGUACAUUCUAACAAUCUUGAUCGCUCUAACCGUUUGUUUUUAGGGCCUGAAAAUGCAGAAUUGCCCAGAUCCGCCAGCACAAUUGAUUCUGGUAAAAAGAAAUCGUUAGGCCAGCACAAUGUGUUAAAUAAUAGGGUUGAUAGUGGUAAAAAAAUGACUCCUAGUGAUAAAUUUGAUCUUCCCAAGGCCAAAGGUACAACAGGAGAAUCCACAACAGCCAACUUGAGUGAGCACAUUAAAAUUGUGGAAUCUUUUGUCAACAAAAUUACACAUGCUUGGAAGUAUCCGGGAUUGAAGGAAGAGACCCAUAAAGUAUUGAAUUUGUUCAAUCUUGAAUUGACCGAUGAGGGCCCUAGUGCUGAUCAUGGCAGCAAGAUCAGAUUGGAAUCCCAGCUCGAUGGAUUGAUGGAUUACAACAACCUAGAAAGGAAGCUAGAAAUGUUAAUUAUCAAGAAUUAUGACAAGGUUCAACAGGAACUGGGUGAACUGGAUACACUGUUCCAUAAAUUGGACAAGGUAGAUAUAUUUGCGGAUGCAUAUAACAAAUCUGCAAGCCAAUGCAAAGAUAAUCAAUCUACUGACCAAUGCACUGAAAAUCCUAGUAUUUUUAAUCUGAUUGUCAAUCGGCUGAUGCACAAGUCGCGCCAAUUGAACAAGUCCCUCAACAAGUUUUGCAACAAGUAUUUAUUCUCCAGCAGAAUCAUCAAGUUCCUCAUUAAAAUUUUUUUCCCUGUGUUCAAUAACACUCUUAAAGUCAAACAAUUUAAUGUAAACGACAUUUUACACUUUUACGAUGUUCCAUUAAGUGAAAAUUUCGAGGGGGGAAACAUUCAGAUAUACCGAAACGGCUUGCCAUCUGGAAAGAAGGAUGCCUGGCGUUUAACCUUUUUAGGCACUGGUUCUAGGCGUGUAACAACUACUCGUGGUGCAUCAUCAAUAGCUUUUGAACCCAAAGGGAGGAAUGGGCCAAUUUGGUUGUUCGAUUGUGGUGAAGGUACAAGGCUCAAUUUAUUAAAACAAGGUUUCAGUCCCACAAAGGUGGAGAAGAUAUUCCUUACCCACUUACACGGGGACCAUUCACUGGGUGUAUUCUCCUUUAUUAGUGACAUUUCCAAGUGGGGAAAGGUUGAGAUUUACGGUCCAGAUGGGAUUGGAAAUAUGAUAAAUUCUGUUCAUAGUGCUAUUUCACGUUGCUUUACCCAUAAAUGUGUCAUUAAGGAACUAAAUGAUGUCGCUUACGAUCCACCUACGCACGAAACAUUCAAAAUCUCAACUCACACAAACACAAGUAGCGUUAAUGGUGGUAUAAAGGCUAACAAAGAUUUGAGGUACAAUGUUGUAGAAUCUCACAACAUAAAAUUAACUGCUGUGCCUAUUAGGCACAACCUACCAACUGUAGGUUAUGUUCUCGAAGAAUUGGAAGUUUUAAAGGGUAAAAGACCUAGGAUCAUUUGUUUGCUGCAGGAUACAUGCGAUGCUACGAUGCUAUACAAAUUUAUAAAGUGCCCUGAUGUGGUCAUACACGAAUCCACAUAUUCAACAGUCACUCUAUCCGGUACUAAAAGAUUCAUUUCACAACGAGAUUUAGGAUUGUUGGAUGAAAUUGUAGUGGAUGAAAGCGCUAGAUCGUGUUACGAUGCUGCAUCGGCUCUUGCAAUGGAUUUGGCUAUUUCAAAGCGUGCUGGGGCACUAAAGAGGAUUCCUAAUGAUUUGAUACGGCAACUGGCCGAAAUGAAGGAGAAACAAGCCAUGGUUAGCCAUAGAACGAUCUCCAAAGAUAGAAAUUCUAUUUUAAAGUAUCAUCUUACGUUGUUGUAUAACUUGAAGAAACGGUUGGCACUCUUUGAAAAUCUAGUGAUGGCAAGCAAUAACAUCUCAGAUAGCAUGGUUAAUUUGAAGUAUUUUUUGACUUUCCAAGAGGAAAGAAAUAACAUUUGCUCCCCUUUUUCAUCGCCUGAACUUGUCAAAUUUUGGCAGGAGGCCAUUAAACCGCAGCUCAACCAAUGCAAACUUACUAGUGCCAGCAUUAAUGCAGGUACUGGUUGUGAUAAUCUAUUGCAGGGGAUCAUUGAGGAUAUUGUGUGGAUUUAUGGGCAUUCAACAGAAGCUAUGGCGGGAAGAUUGGCAGGGAUGUUGAGGGCUAAAUCGUUGGUAUUGACCCAUUUCUCAUCGAGGUUGCCAGGAGACAACAAUCUGGAAUCAAUUCUAACCAUGAAGAGAAUCGAAUCCAACGCAAGACGGGAGAUGGAGUUUGCCGGGGAAAAUUUGUCGCUAGAUGCUAAUGGUAAUGUCACCACCUUGCCUAAUGUUAAUAAUGACACCGUCACGAAUAGUGAUAAUAGAAUUAGUGCUGGAGUCAAAAAUAAAAAAAAAUAUUGCCCAAGAGUCAUUGCAGCCUGGGAUGGGUUCUAUAUAGAUGUACCUCCGCAUUAG